AUGAAAGUUCAUGAAACCCUUGAGCUCCAUACUGAUGAAACCCUCCAGAACCAUAUUAAUGAAACCAUCCAGGACCAGACUGAUGAAACCAUCCAGGACCAGGCUGAUGAAACCAUCCAGGACCAGACUGAUGAAACCAUCCAGGAUCAGACUGAUGAAACCAUCCAGGACCAGACUGAUGAAACCAUCCAGGAUCAGACUGAUGAAACCAUCCAGGACCAGACUGAUGAAACCAUCCAGGACCAGGCUGAUGAAACCAUCAACUACCAGACUGAUGAAACCAUCCAGUACCAGACUGAUGAAACCAUCCAGGAUCAGACUGAUGAAACCAUCAACUACCAGACUGAUGAAACCAUCCAGGAUCAGACUGAUGAAACCAUCCAGGAUCAGACUGAUGAAACCAUCCAGGACCAGGCUGAUGAAACCAUCAACUACCGGACUGAUGAAACCAUCAACUACCAGACUGAUGAAACCAUCCAGGACCAGACUGAUGAAACCAUCCAGGACCAGACUGAUGAAACCAUCCAGGAUCAGACUGAUGAAACCAUCCAGGACCAGACUGAUGAAACCAUCCAGGACCAGGCUGAUGAAACCAUCCAGGAUCAGACUGAUGAAACCAUCCAGGACCAGACUGAUGAAACCAUCCAGGACCAGACUGAUGAAACCAUCGACACCCUUCUACAAUCAACCAUGUAUAACUCGACACCCUUCUACAAUCAACCAUGUAUAACUCAACACCCGCCUACAAUCAACCAUGUACAACUCGACACCCAUCUACAAUCAACCAUGUACAACCCGACACCCAUCUACAAUCAGCCAUGUAUAACUCGACAUCCAUCUACAAUCAGCCAUGUAUAA